ACUGAAGUGAACAGUUUCUUCUUCAGCAAACCCAGCCGGCGGCUCGACGCGACCAAACGAUAACCGCUCCCGGAGUCUCACCUGAGGAGUACUGUUGCCAACUAGUGCAAAAUGAGCAUUCGUCAAGAUGAAGUGAAGAAGACUACUAUAGAUAUCAAUACAAGAGGAGAAAAACCACUUGAUCUUUUGCGUGCUCUAUGUGAGGGGGCUGUAGCGGGAAGUGUUGCUGGUGUUAUGGUUGAAACAGCUCUGUACCCAAUCGAUACAAUAAAAACUCGGCUUCAAGCAGCUCGUGGUGGUGGAAAGAUCAUUUUCAAAGGGCUUUAUGCUGGACUGGCUGGAAAUCUUGCUGGAGUCUUGCCGGCAUCUGCCAUAUUUCUUGGCGUCUAUGAACCAACUAAACAAAAAUUGUUGAAGAGCUUGCCUGAAAACCUAAGUGCCUUGGCUCAUUUGACUGCAGGUGCAGUUGGAGGAGCCGCUUCUUCCAUAAUUCGUGUACCAACAGAGGUUGUUAAGCAAAGGAUGCAGACUGGGCAAUUUUCCUCAGCUCCCAAUGCUGUCCGCCUUAUUGUUGCCAAAGAAGGAUUUAAAGGCCUGUAUGCGGGAUAUGGAUCCUUUCUGUUGCGAGAUUUACCUUUUGAUGCCAUCCAAUUUUGCAUAUAUGAGCAGCUUCGAUUGGGAUAUAAGUUAGCGGCAAGGAGAGAUCUUAAUGAUCCUGAGAAUGCUAUUAUUGGUGCAUUUGCUGGUGCAAUAACAGGAGCGAUGACCACUCCUCUUGAUGUGAUAAAGACUAGAUUAAUGAUUCAGGGAUCAGCAAACCAAUAUAAAGGUAUUGCUCAUUGUGUAACAUCAAUUGUUAAGGAAGAGGGAACUGCGGCUCUUUUUAAGGGCAUGGGUCCAAGAGUUUUGUGGAUAGGAAUUGGGGGCUCGAUCUUCUUCAGUGUUCUUGAACGAGCAAAGCGUAUUCUUGCAGAUAAGCCCCAUCCUGUUGCUCAUAACUCAAAAUCUAUUUAAGUCAAUUUAACAAUUGUAUUAUCAUUACUGUUGGUUCUUGAAGAUUUUGUUUACAGACAUAAUUAAUUAGAGAGAAAUUAUUGGUUGAUCAGUUUAUGCAGAUUAUAUUUUAAAAUACUGUUUCAUAACCAAAGUUUUGACCUAAGAUUCUUUGGUUUCAACCAUGUUAUCCUAUUAUUGCUUUCUGAAACAUUGACUUUA